UUGGGGCGAGGGACGCGCUCUGUGUCUGAAAAACUGUGCCUUGUCUGCCCCGGGAAAACACGUUUAUGGAGAGCCUCGGGUUUUGCGUCCGCGACGCCUUUAUUGUCACUCUCCUAGCACCCCUAAACCACGACCGAAGCCCCCCUCGAUCUGCACUAUACCAUGAAACCCUCGGGCACGCCCCUGCAGAAGCUGUUAACCAAGACAAUCUAGUUUUCCUUUAUAAAUCUCUUUAAGACCCUUAUGAAGUUUCCUGUUUUGAAAUUGCUGUACUGCAAUGAAGAAAAGGAGAAAGGUUGCUUCAAGUCUUGACGAAAAGAUUCAUCUAGGCUAUCAUAAAGAUUCUUCAGAAGGAAAUGUUGCAGUGGAGUGUGACCAAGUGACCACUCAUUCUACAGAAAGACCUGAAGCUCUUCACUGUUACCAGGACCUUCCUCCCUCUCCAGAUCAGAGAAAGCUUUUGAGUUCUUUGCAGUAUAAUAAGAAUUUGCUAAAGUACUUAAAUGAUGAUAGGCAGAAGCAACCAUCUUUCUGUGAUUUACUUAUCAUAGUAGAAGGAAAAGAAUUUAGUGCACAUAAAGUAGUCGUUGCUGUUGGCAGUAGUUAUUUUCAUGCAUGUUUGAGUAAAAAUCCAAGCACUGAUGUUGUCACCCUGGAUCACGUAACACAUUCAGUUUUUCAGCAUUUGCUUGAAUUUCUUUAUACAUCAGAGUUCUUUGUGUACAAAUAUGAAAUACCUCUUGUUUUAGAGGCUGCAAAAUUUUUGGACAUUAUAGAUGCAGUAAAGCUGCUAAAUAAUGAAAAUGUUGCCACUUUUCAAUCAGAACUAACUGAAAAGUCCUCACCAGAAGAAACACUAAAUGAAUUAACUGGAAGACUAUCAAAUAAUCAUCAGUGCAAAUUCUGUAGUAGACAUUUUUGUUAUAAAAAGUCUUUAGAGAAUCACUUGGCUAAAACUCAUAGGUCCCUUUUAUUAGGGAAAAAACAUGGGUUAAAAAUGCUGGAGAGAAGUUUUUCAGCAAGAAGAUCAAAAAGGAAUCGGAAGUGCCCUAUUAAAUUUGAUGACACCAGUGAUGAUGAACAAGAAAGUGGUGAUGGGUCAGACAAUUUGAAUCAAGAAAGUUUUGAUAAGGAAAAGUCGGAUAGAAAUGAUUCAGAGGAUCCUGGAAGUGAAUAUAAUGCUGAAGAGGAUGAGCUAGAAGAGGAGAUGUCAGAUGAAUAUUCUGACAUUGAAGAACAAAGUGAAAAAGAUAAUGAUGCGGAAGAGGAACCUGAAGCUGCUGAUUCUGUAGGAAACAUUCAUGAAGGGUUAACUCCAGUAGUCAUUCAAAACAGUAACAAAAAAAUAUUGCAGUGUCCUAAAUGUGAUAAAACAUUUGACCGAAUAGGGAAAUAUGAAAGCCACACCCGUGUGCACACCGGUGAGAAGCCCUUUGAGUGUGACGUUUGUCACCAGCGCUACUCAACAAAGUCUAACUUAACUGUUCACAGAAAGAGGCACAGCAGUGAAAGAGAAUUUCCUAAGAAGGAGCACAAAUGCCCUUAUUGUAAUAAACUUCACGCCAGCAAGAAGACUUUAGCCAAGCAUGUAAAGAGAUUUCAUCCUGAAAAUGCACAAGAAUUUAUUUCCAUUAAGAAGACUAAGAGUGAAAGUUGGAAAUGUGAUAUUUGUAAGAAAUCUUUUACUCGAAGACCACACUUGGAGGAACACAUGAUUCUGCAUUCUCAAGAUAAGCCUUUUAAGUGUACCUAUUGUGAAGAACAUUUCAAAUCACGGUUUGCACGGUUAAAGCAUCAGGAAAAGUUCCAUCUGGGUCCUUUUCCAUGUGAUAUAUGUGGUCGGCAGUUCAACGACACUGGAAAUUUGAAACGCCAUAUAGAAUGUACUCAUGGUGGAAAGAGAAAAUGGACUUGCUUUAUUUGUGGGAAAUCAGUACGAGAAAGAACUACUUUAAAAGAACAUUUGAGAAUCCACAGUGGAGAAAAGCCUCAUCUUUGUAGUAUCUGUGGGCAAAGUUUUCGGCAUGGAAGUUCAUACAGACUUCACUUACGAGUCCAUCAUGAUGAUAAAAGAUAUGAAUGUGAUGAAUGUGGAAAAACAUUUAUUCGUCAUGACCACCUUACUAAGCACAAAAAAAUACAUUCAGGUGAAAAGGCUCAUCAGUGUGAAGAAUGUGGAAAAUGUUUUGGUCGGAGGGAUCAUCUCACUGUUCAUUACAAAAGUGUGCACCUUGGAGAAAAAGUGUGGCAAAAAUAUAAAGCAACAUUUCAUCAAUGUGAUGUUUGCAAGAAAAUUUUUAAAGGAAAAUCAAGUCUGGAAAUGCAUUUUCGGACACAUUCAGGAGAAAAACCAUACAAGUGUCAAAUUUGCAAUCAGUCUUUUAGAAUUAAGAAAACUUUAACAAAACACCUAGUUAUUCAUUCUGAUGCCCGACCGUUCAACUGUCAGCACUGUAGUGCAACAUUUAAGCGAAAAGACAAGCUAAAAUACCACAUUGACCAUGUUCAUGGAAUUAAGUCUCCUGAUGAUCCUCUCAGUACGUCUGAGGAAAAACUUGUGUCUUUGCCAGUGGAAUACUCAUCUGAUGAUAAAAUCUUUCAAACAGAAACAAAACAAUAUAUGGACCAGCCCAAAGUUUAUCAGUCAGAAGCCAAGACUAUAUUACAGAAUGUGUCUGCUGAAGUGUGUGUUCCAGUAACGCUGGUUCCAGUUCAGAUGCCUGAUACUCCAAGUGAUCUGGUUCAACAUACUACCACUCUUCCGCCAUCCUCUCAUGAGAUCCUGUCACCACAGUCACAAUCCACUGAUUAUCCACGUGCAGCUGAUUUAGCUUUUCUGGAAAAAUAUACUCUUACUCCUCAACCUGCAAAUAUAGUUCAUCCAGUCCGACCUGAACAAAUGCUAGAUCCUAGAGAGCAGUCUUACCUAGGAACAUUACUGGGCCUUGAUAACACUACUGCUGUUCAAAACAUUUCUGCUAAUGAACAUCAUCCAUGAGAAAACAUUCCAGGAACUUUUUGAUGGUUAUGUGCUAAUGCUAGCCAAAAGCUAGUAGCUUUUAAUUUAGUAGGGCUGCUAUUAUUAUUUUUUUAAAUUUUCUCUAGUUUCUCAAGUCCUUAGAACAAUUUCAAAUCAAGAAAACUGUUAACUGAACAUAUGGAUAUUUGGACACAUUUUGGCAUAAUAUUUAAAGUAAAUGUUUUUGUGAUUUUUAAAAAAUUACUGCUAAUUUUUAAUGCUCCUUAAACUUUUCAGAAUUAUUAGCUGCUGACAUUACGGGGUUUUUUUUUAAUCAUCAGUGGAAAUUUUUUCUCUUUAGUCUCCUUUUUUCUUUUUCUCAUCUUACAAAUAAGUUUAAGGAUCAUGUAACUGUUAAGAAGGAAUAUGAGGGGCUGGGGAUUUAGCUCAGUGGUGCCGACGCCUGCCUUGCAAGUGCAAGGUCCUGAGCUUGAUCCCUGGUACCAAAAAAAAAAAAAAAAAAAGAAGGAAUAUGAGAUUAUACUGAUAAUUGCAACUGUUCUUUAUCUUAAAUUAAGAUUUAUUAUUUCAUCCAGAUUUUUAAAAUUGAAAUUAGGAAUUUGAAAAAAUAAGAAAAUUUGGGGUAUUUCUAUGUGGUCUUGACAUCUAUCCAUAAUUUUAGGUUAUCAUUCUCCUUUGGAAUUUAGACAAACUCAAAGCCAGAAAGGUAACUUAGGCAAGAUGAGCAUGUUAAAAGAAAUUUAGGAUUGAAGUCAGAUAAGUGAAUUUUGUUUAUACUUCAGUUACUAUGAAUAACAAGUGGCAAACAUAGAUUUAGGCAUUGAAUUAUACAAGUUGAAAUUGUGUUGAAAGGAAAAUAUGCCAUCUUUAACUAGAUAUCUUUGAGGUAAGUUCACUUUUUGUACUUUAUCAUUUAUUUCAGAAACAAUAAUAUAUCACAAGCAUGUAUCUUCAUCUCAAUAAGGGGCAGUUAUAACUAAUGUCACUUAUUUUAACAUGCUACUCUGGGUUUUAUUUAAUUUUUCUAAUAGAAACUGGGAAACAGAACCUCCAUAUUUUAUGUAUAAUUGUUAGAAAAAGUGCCAAACAGAUUGUGAAAUUUGCACCUAAUUUAACCUAAUGUUGUUUAAUUGGAUGGAACUACUACUUGUGUACAGAUUUACAUCCAAUCCAGAUCUUUAUUUUUGCUUUCAUAUGAGCUUAAUAUCUAUAAUUAUCCUUGAUUCUUAUUUUUGUAAGAGACAAAAGUCGAGGACUCGUUGAAAUAGUGAUUACAGCAACACCUCACUGAUUAAAUUUAAUUAAGAAAGGUCAGAAUUAUAAGAUACUUUUAAAGAUGUGCACUUUCCAUAUUUUCAAGUCAAUUUAAACUUAAACUAGCAUAAUGUUUCCUAGUAGGGUGCUUGAGAAUAGUCUAGGCAGGGUUGAUUUACUAUUAACAUGCUAUUUGUAUAUAAAGGUCUAGACAAUAGCAAUUUUAAAAGUUCUCUUUCAGUUUUGUUUACACUUCUAAUUGCUUUAAGCACUUUUUUUGUGUGCAAACUAUUAACGUCUGGCCUGGCCCUUGUGAAAAAAAAAUCACAAAUAAAAUAAUGAACUUUCAGUGAGUAAAAUAUAUCCAGUUAGUAAUAGAGGAAACUGUUAAAGCACUUAAGAAAUGAAGGUACUUUAUAGGAACAUUUGCCAUAAUAAUGAUGAUAAAAGAAAAAAAUAUUGAAAAUUGAGGCAGUUAACCAAAGUAGCUGAUAUAAAUAAUAAAACCAACCUGACUUUUGCCUUAUUUACCAAGGUUUGCUUGUAAUUAUCUUAGAACCAGUAGGCAUAAUUACUGUACCAUUUCUUUUUAAAGCAUUCUGAUUUACUUUGUGUGGAAAUGUGAUUUCUGGGGUACUUACAUGAUUGAGUUUGAUUAUAUGAGGUACUGUUAGUCUGUUAGUCCUUAAAAUUGACUGCAAAAGAUACAUCUUUAUGAUUUUUUAUCAUAAAGACUGACAAGAUUUUAACUAAAAAUCUUACUAUAGUGAAACAAAUCAUACCUAAAAAUAUACUCUGCCUUAUGUAUAAGCUAAUACAGAAAAAAUUGGACUUACAGAAAGGCAAAUGGUGUGUGUGUGUGUGUGUGUGUGUGUGUGUGUGUGUGUGUGUGUAUGGUAUAUUGUAAAUUUGGUGGCAGAAAAAGGGAAUAUUGUGUUUUUACAUUGAAAAGAAUACUGUGUGUUUUGAAGGCAUUUAGGGUUCUUUUAAUAAUAAUAUUCUAAUGCUUUAAAUAUAUGAUUUAAUUGUAGUAAUUGGUUUACAUAGAACUUGUCUGGAACACAUCUCUUACGUAAAGUGAAUACGUUUGUAUAAUUGUAUUUAGUUAUUUUAGGUAAUUUCAACUUAAAUAAUGGUUUACUGUUUUCUAAAAUGCCUUCACAUGUUAUUUCAUUUGAACCUCAUAACCAGCUCUGAAAUAAAAAGGACAUGACAUAUUCCUGCUUUAGAAAGAAAGAAUCUGAUAUUAACGUUAAAGGAUCUAUUGAAGCUCGUGUGUUCAAAGCAGCAGAGCUACUAGGAAGGAAAAAAAGACAGCAUUGAUGAAUGCUCACUGUGUGCCAGGCACUACAUUUUCUUACUCUUAACCCAGUUGUAGAGGUAGGUAGUAUACCUCUUAGGAAAAAAAUGGGUGGACAAAACAAUAAGAAGAAAAUUAAUCUGCUGCCUGUAAUUUCUAAAAAUGUAUGGCAUUUUUUAGAUUGGGACAACCUCAUGGAUUUGGGCAAACUGAAUGUAUAUAAGCUUUUGAAGUUGGCACAAAAAGUGUAAAAUGAGGCCUAUGGUUUUUAGUUGAUCUUUCUAUAACUUUAAAAUCCAUUUAUUUUGUAACUGUACUUAAAAUUUUGAAUCUCACAAUUAAGCUUAACCUCAUUGAGAAUUUUUUAUUUUAUGAGCCUAAUUUAUUGUUUUAAAUUAAUUUUUUAGCAGAUAGCAGUUAGCACUUAAUCUGUAAAUUGAAUAACUUAUCAAGUACAGAAAUUUAUUAACCUAAUCAGUUUUGACUUAAAUGCACCAAAGAUUUUUAGUAGGUAUUAAAUCAUUUAAAAGAAUUUAAAUUCUUUGUUGUUUGAAUAAAUAUUUGUCCAAAGAAGCACAGUUGAAGUUCUAGGAUAAUGGAUUUUUUAAAAAUCAUUAGUUUAAAUACUAAGAUUUAAGUAUUAAAUGUUUGUGUUUGUUUGUAUGUAUAAAAAUAAGAGGAGAAGAAAAUACUCUGGGAAUAGUCAAACUGACAAACCAGUUGCAGUGAGAAUACUGUUUUCCUCGAUUUAAUUGAAUGUUAUGUUUUUUCAUGAACACUAUUAAAUGCUAAACCGUAAGCUUAUUUUUCACACUACAUUAUCAAAAUAAUUUUUGCCUUAGAAUUUUUUUAGAUCAAGUUGAAGUUAUUUUUAUAAGAAACCCAACCUAUUUUUUACAGCCUAAAAUACCACUUAAGGUUAGGUUUUCUUCCUCAUUCCAACAAGAGAAAACCAACAUAAAGGUAGUAAGUGAUCUUUGCAUACUUUUAAGUAAUCUUGACAUUUAUUGUUGAGAAAAGAGGAGUAGCAAAAUGAAAAGUUCUAAAUUGGUGCUUUACUAAAGUGUUGGUAGGUCAUGAAAUAAGUACAUUAAUAAUUUUCUGUCAACCUUAAAAAGUGUCAAAACAUCUUUGUAGAGUAAGUGUAAAAUGUUAGGUAAAGGUUAAUGUACAAUAUCAUUUAUUGCCUUUUACUCUGCAAUUGCAAAAAAGCAAUGUAGUUGAUGUAUUUAUAAUCUUGACGUCUCUCCCCACCAUAUCACUCCAAUAUAUCAUUGAUGAAAAGUCGGAUUUUGACCUUUAGCUCUUUGACAGUGUCCCUUUAUUGUCAUCUUUCUUUGUGCCUUUUCAAAGGGUUGUAGUUGGUUAGACUUGAAGUUAGAUUGUACUUGUUAAUAAAUGUUUUGGUUGUUUUGGGUUUGGGUUUUGUUGUUUUGAUUAUGGGUCUUAUGUUUGUGUUGCCUGCUGGUUGGGCAGUAAUUUUUUUAGGUUGCUCUGUGUUUAUAUAGGAAAAUUGGCACUGCGUACUAGAGAAAAAUUGGUUUUAUGAUUUAUAUUAUCAUUUUUAAAAACCUUUAUUGUGGCCUUUGUAAUUAUGUGAAGCCACCAUUGGGCCUGUCUGUAGAUGCUUAUUAGAAAGAUCUGACAAAUAAAAUAGAAUGAGUAGCAUCUCCCCCCCCCCAAUAACCAGAUAACCAGUUACUGUAACUGUCCACUUCUGCACAGAGUGACUUCUCACUUUAGUUUGCCUAAAAGUGAACCAGAAGUGCUCGUUUGAGAUGAGUUUCUCAUUUGGAGCAGCAGCAACCUGCCCAACAUAUAACUUGAUCAACUCAGAAAAAUUGAGGACCUUUAAACAGUCAUAGUUAGAUAGUCUUAAGUUCUAGUGCCAAAUUUAAAAUGACUGAAACUGUGUUCUUUAAUAAGGAAUAAGUAGUAGCAUUUCCAAAACUUUAAGUAGUAUUAUGGUAUAUGUUACAAUUACAGUAAAUAAUGGAGAGUGUGAGAAUAAUUUUCUGAGCACUUUCUGGAAACUCCACAACUCCAUAGAUCUUACCUUUUUUUUUUGCACAUUUCCCUCAGUAUAGUCUGUAGCAUUAUUUUGGGCAUCUUCCCUUAUUUCCUCUAAAAUAUUUUUACUUAAGAUACUUUGUCCCUACAAUAUUAGCAUGGCUCGUGCUCUAGCAUUAAUAAAAUAGAAAUAACAGGAUUAGAUUGUGUAAAAGAUUGUUUUGAUAGUCCUUAGAUUUGCUUACUCUUCUUGUUUUCAACUUGCUGUGUAUUGAUCUUAAUUCUCUGACUCUUGAAAAACCCCACGACAAUUUAAAUUUAUUCUCUGCAGCCGUUUAAGUACAGAGAAAUUAAUGUUUGUACUCAGACAAUAAGGGUUAUACAACAGUGAACACAACCUUUUUUUUUUUAAAUUAGAUUUUUAAAAAAGUAAUUGCAGCGCUUGCAUCACUGUUGGCGAUUCUAAAACCUUUUCUGAAGAGCAUGUACCCAUCUCAUCAUUCCUCAGCCUCUUUGCUUGAUAUUCCUGCUUGCAUUAAAGUUGGACAAUGUACUGGGGUGUAAUUAUGACGUUUUUUAUUCCUUCUAGCAAUCAGACUCUUUCUUAACCCAUAGAUAAAAUGAUUACAGUGGAUGAGUGUGGCUGCCAAAAAAA